ACAAGGGUAAUCCCAAGAAGCAGGCGUCCUGCGGGGGUUGGUUGUCCUUGAGAUCCAACAGAAUGGCACGACGGACAACGAUAGUCCGCACGACGGCUGCGGCGCCGGUCCGGGACGGGCAGAUGGAGCAUCAAGCUCCAACCAAUGAAGCAUCCAUGCAAAGUCAGCUGGUAGCAACAUAUAUGUCGGUCGUGCAUGCAUAUCUCGCUUGGGAUAGACCGUUGCCUCUUCAUUUCAGCUUAGGCUGCCGGAACCACCGCAAGUUGAGCUCGCGUCUGCCUCCAAGUUGAUAAGACUUAUUGCGACCAUCUGCCUGGUCUGAUCACUCUUCCCGCUCACUCACCAUGGCCGAGUUCGUCCCCGAAAACGCAUGGGAUACCCAUAUUCAUGUCUUCGAUCCCAAGAAAUUUCAUUAUGCCGUGCCACGCUCAUACACGCCCCAGGCCGCCCAAAUGGCUGAGUAUCCGACGGGCAUCACGGGCUGCAGGAACAUUGUGAUCGUUCACGCCUCCAUGCAAGGGGUUUCACCGGCCCCGUUGGUCGAUACUCUGUCCAAGCAGCAAGAGAUGCCCGGCUACACUCUCCGGGGCCUGGCAACCAUCGACCCCUUCACUGUCACCGAUGAACAGCUGGACGAGUUACAUGCCGCUGGAGUGCGCGGAGCGCGCUUGCACGAGAUGGCCUGGGGCCACGGCAAACAGAGCGGUGGCAGCGACAUCAUCAAGAAGGUAGAAGCUCUGGCCCACCGGCUGGCCCGGUUGGGAUGGGCUAUUGGCAUCUUCUGCCCUGUCAGUGCCUGGGCUGCCAUGGCAGAGACGAUCCGCAACAUGGAUCCUCGGAUCCAGAUGGUGGCUGAUCAUUUUGGAGGCACGUUCCCUGGGGCGGAGAACUCUGCUGAGUUUGCCACGUUCCUGGACCUGAUCCGGGAAAAGCGAGUCUGGGUGAAGGUCUCAGGCUUCGAGCGACUGUACCACGGUCACGAAAGUGGCAUGAAGGCCAUCGAGCCCAUCGCGAAGGCAGUGAUCCAGGCCGGUCCGGAUCGCAUCAUCUUUGGCACGGAUUGGCCUCAUACGCAGUUAGGAGUGACACGCAAAGGCAAGACUGACCAGCAGCGGUUGGAAGAGGUGGAGGGAUUCCGGGAGGUCGACGAUGCCGGGCAUAUCCGGACAUUGCGUGAAUGGAUUCCCGAUGAGGAAACCUGGCAGAACCUGUGGGUCAACAACCCAGCCAGAUUGUUUCAGUAGUUCAUGGAUUGAAUUUCCCCGAUGACGUCUUUUUAUGUCGACACGAGAAACCAUUGCGUGCUUUGCUCCUAUCUCUUUAUCUCCUACGAAUCCGAUCGCCGUAUAGCUAUGAAGCUUGGAUUAAGUACUACUCAAACUACGUAGAAU